GAUCCCGAGCUUAGUAGCUUAAGAGUUGUGUGUUGUAUCUGUGUUUUAGUAAAGGACUCCGAGUGGGCAUAGUUUCGCUUUUAGUUUUUAGUUUUAGUAUUAGCUUUAGCUUUAGUUUUGGAGAAAUAAAGGUACGAUAGAUUGAAAUUCAUAUACAUAUUCAUAUUCAUAUUCAUAUUGAUAUUGAUAUUCACUAUAUAAAACAAAGCAGAUAUAAUUGAUUUUAAAUUACAAUUCAUAGUCAAUGACGGAUCAUUCAGAAUCAGAAACAACUCCAGGGAAUACCCCUGUACCUGAUAAACAAAGAACUCCCGCUUUAUUUCUAGAUGAGCCUGAUAAAACUGAUGAAGCUAAAUUAUCAUUCGUGGAGAUACCAGAAUGUACUUAUUCUAAUAAACUUGUAGGAUCUUCAGGUCAAAAAGAAUAUAUGACAUGUGAUUGUACUGAACAGUGGGAUCCUGAAACUCAACAAAAUUUAGCAUGUGGAGAUGAUUCAAAUUGUAUAAAUCGAUUUACUUCAGUAGAAUGUGUAAAUGGAGAUUGUGAUUGUGGAGAUAAUUGUCAAAAUCAACGAUUUCAAAAGAAAGAAUAUGCUUCAGUUUCAGUAUUUCAAACUGAAUUAAAGGGGUAUGGACUUCGAGCCAAUACUUCAAUUAAUGAAUCAACAUUUAUUUAUGAAUAUAUUGGUGAAGUAAUUGAUGAACCAGCUUUUAGAAAGAGAAUGCUUGAUUAUGAUGCAAAGAAUUUUAAACAUUUUUAUUUUAUGAUGUUAAAGAAUGAUUCAUUUAUAGAUGCAACUGUUAAAGGUUCAUUAGCUAGAUUUGUUAAUCAUUCUUGUAAUCCCAAUGCUUAUGUUGAUAAAUGGGUUGUUGGAGGUAAAUUAAGAAUGGGAAUAUUUGCUAAACGAUUAAUUCAACAAGGUGAAGAAAUUACUUUUGAUUAUAAUGUUGAUAGAUAUGGAGCUCAAUCUCAACCAUGUUAUUGUGGAGAACCUAAUUGUAUUAAAUUUAUGGGAGGUAAAACUCAAACUGAUGCAGCAUUAUUAUUACCUGAAGGUAUUGCUGAAGCUUUAGGAGUUACCCCUCAACAAGAAAGAAAAUGGUUAAAAGAAAAUAAAGCUUUAAGAUCUAAACAACAAAGUGAUGAUACAGCAAUUAAUGAAAAAUUUAUUAAAGAACUUAUAAUUCAACCAUUACAAGAAAUUGAAGUAUCAAAAGUUAUGGGAGCAUUAAUGAAAUCUCAAGAUUUUACAAUUGUAAAUAAAUUAAUUCAAAGAAUUAAUUCUUCACGAGAAGAAAAUAUUAAUUUAGCAAUUAUUAGAUUUCAUGGUUAUAAAACUUUUUCAACUAUAAUUCAACAAUUUAAAAAUUCAGGUUCAAAUAGUUUAAUGAUUAUGAUUCUUGAAAUUUUAAAUAGAUGGCCAAAACUUUAUCGGAAUAAAAUUUCUUCAUCUCAAAUUGAAGAUGUUAUAAAAGAUAUUCAACAAACUACUGAUAAUAUUAUUAUUAGAAAAUUAAGUACUAAAUUAUUAGAUGAAUGGAGUAAAUUAGAAAUGGCUUAUAGAAUACCAAAAAGUAAUGGUGGUAAUGGAGUUGUUACUGAUUUAUCACUGUAUGGUAGAUCAACUCGAACUCCAGAAACAGAGCAACAACAGUAUAAUCAACAAGAAAAUGUAGAAGAAAAAGUUGAAGAAUCUCAGGAAGAUGGUGAUUUGCCCCCAGGUUGGGAAUCAGCUCUUGAUCCAGGAACUCAAAAGAUAUAUUAUUAUCAUCGAGAAUUACAAAAGUCAAGUUGGGAAAGACCCGUGGCAACUCCUCCUAUAGCUCCAAAGGGUCUUACGCCUAAACCUAGACAAACUAAUGUUAAUACAGGUCCAUCUAGAGAUACAUUUAGAGAAGAAUUGGCUAAUGAACAAGAAGAAAAACUUAAAAGACAACGUGAAGAAGCUUAUAGAAAAUUAAAGGCUAGACAAGAUCAAUUAAAAGCGGUCAUUGAACAAACAAGACGUGAAGAAGAAGAAAGAAGAGAAGCUGAAUUAAAGGAAAAGCAAAGAUUAUUGAAAGAAAGACUUGCAGCCAAAAAGAAAGAAUUAAAGAAAAGAACAUCCAUAUCAUCUAGUCCUUCAUCUGCUUCUCCUUCAUCGAAUGGAAGUCGUAAUCAUCAUCAUCACCAUCACCAUCAUCACAGUAAUCAUGGUGGUGAUCAACAUCCAAAAGUUUCAUCUUCAAGUGAUGCUACUGAAAGUAAAUGGAGACACUUAUUUGCUAGUCAUGUACCUAAUUUAAUUAAAAAGAAAGCAGGAGAUUUACCAAAGGAUGAAAUUAAAGGAUGUGCUAAAGAUAUUGCAGCAAAUUUAGCUUCUAAAGAGAUUAAGAAAGAUCCUAAAGGUAAAGUUCCUCUGGAAUUAGAUAAACAUAAACUUAAGAAAAUUAAAGAAUUUGUUGAUGCUUAUAUGGAGAAAUUUUUAACUAGAUAUAAUGCUAAACAUAAUAAAAGAUCUCAUGAAGGAUCUGAUCAAAAUGGUGAAGAUGAAGGAGGAGAUUCUAAGCGUACAAAAGCUUAAUUCUUACUUAUGUAAAUUAUAACUGUAUAACUGUAUAAUAGUAAAGUCAUCUCACUACAAUGGAUCUCAUAGAUUAAAUUUAAAAUUUAAAAAUU